AUGCCCAAGGCUUCAAGCUCCCGUGCUGCCGCCAUGGCACGCAGACACAACCCUCUCGCCGAAGAUAUUAGCUCCGCGGGGCACCUUCGAACCCAGAGCAGCAAGAAAGGCAAAGGCAAGGCCGAUGAGGAGGAGGGUGAGAAUGGACAGCGCUUCGUCGAUGCGAAGAUGUCUCGCAACAUUCUCCAGCUCGGUCAGGAAUUGGCCGACGAAGAUGCCGCAGAGCAGGCCAAGGGUGCCGCAAAGCCCCAAUCAAACGGCGCAUUCGAAUUUGAUACCCGAUUUGGGGAGGAGGAAGCUUUCUCAGACGACGAAGAGAAGUUUGGGGCCGACGACUGGGUUGAUGACGAAGUCGAGCAAGUGGAGGUCGACCCCAAUGAUCUAGAUAUGUUCAACAAAUUUAUGCCCCACGAGGAAGAUCCUAUAUUCCACCCCAAAGACCCCAGCUCUGCGGGGCCCACCAAUCUCGCCGAUCUGAUCCUCGAGAAGAUCGCCGAGCACGAAGCUAAGCAGUCCGGGGACGGCACCUAUGCCCCAUACGUCCAAGGUGGUGGAAUCCCCGAGGAUGCUGUCCAGAUUCCCGCCAAGGCCGUGGAAGUAUACGAGAAGGUUGGCAUGAUUCUUUCGCGCUACAAGUCAGGCCCGCUGCCCAAGCCCGUCAAGAUUCUCCCCUCGGUCCCCAACUGGCAGACCCUCCUCGACAUCACACGCCCCGAGUCAUGGACCGGUAACGCUGUCUACGCUGUCACCCGUAUCUUCAUUUCCUCCAAGCCCCACGUUGCCCAGGAGUUCAUCAACAUUGUGCUUCUGGACCGCGUGCGCGAGGAGAUCCACGAGACCAAGAAGCUGAACGUCCACACCUACAAUGCCCUGCGUAAGGCUCUCUACAAGCCAGCCUGCUUCUUCAAGGGACUGCUGUUCCCCCUCGUCUCCACCGGCACCUGUACCCUGCGCGAAGCUCACAUCGUCUCCUCCGUCGUUGCUCGAGUCUCCGUCCCCGUGCUGCACUCCGCCGCGGCCCUGCUCCGCAUGUGCGAUCUGUCCGCGGAGCAGUCCGUGACCGACGUGGAGAGCACCGGUGCCGUGAACAUGUUCAUUCGAGUCUUCCUGGAGAAGAAGUACGCCCUGCCCUUCAAGGUAGUGGACGCCCUGGUCUUCCACUUCCUGCGAUUCCGCGUCGUCAACCCCGAGGACCAGAUGAACGAUGGCCCUGGACUCGGAUCCAAGAACUACAAGCUGCCCGUUCUCUGGCACCAGUCGCUCCUGGUCUUUGCCCAGCGUUACCGCAACGAUAUCACUGAAGAUCAGCGUGAGGCUCUGCUGGAUCUGCUGUUGGUCCGUGGCCACAAGGACAUUGGCCCUGAGGUUCGUCGUGAAUUGCUCGCUGGCCGAGGACGUGGUGUUGUUGUGCCUGACCCCGAGGCCCAAAAUGCCAUGGAUGCCGGCGACGACACCAUGGAUGUUACCAUGUAG